AUGAAGUUUGGGGAAGAGGAAAGAAAAGAAUUCGAAGUUUUUCAACAGAACCGGCACAAAGAUGUGUUGGUAAUUAGAAGGCCAUCUGAUUCACAACAGGGCAAGAAGGUCACAUCUAAGGACGUCCCAGCAUCCAUCAGAGUCUCCAAGAAUCUGCCAGAUACAAGGAAGGGAACAGAAGUAACUCUAAAGAGGAAAUCAGUACCUGAAGUUUUGGUAGAGUUAGAGGAAGUACCAGUGAGGAGGCCAACCAAACCGGCACAGGUUUACAACAAAAGGCGGAGAACCGCAGAGGCAGUCUCCGAGUCUUCGGAAGGAACUGCAUCUGUAAGUCCCCCACCUCUGGCACCUGCACCUGUUGACCCUGCUAUUUCUAUAAACUCACAAGAAUUUGAGGAAUAUGCAAUCUCGGAAGCCAGUAACAGUAUUGUUUACAAGCCUAGCAAAAUCCCCACAAAAGUGGACACAAAACUAGCAACAAUAGCUGUUAACCAAAGUCAGCGAAUUAUUUUAAACAUAGGGGGUACCCACUUUGAAACCUGUCCAAACACGCUUCUUUCAGAACCAACGUCAGUGCUUUCCAGAUUAAUUGAGGAUCGGGGUAAAACCAUACAACCCUAUAACAAGGAGAAUGUUUUCACCUAUUUCCUUGAUAGGGAUCCAAAACACUUCAGAACCAUUCUCAACUUCCUCAGGAAUCCAAAUGGAGAACUAAUUCUGCCAGUGACCAGGUUCCAUCUGAAAGAAAUUCUAGCAGAAUGCGAAUACUACGAACUUGAGUCCCUUGGUGAUGCUGUAAGAAAAAGGAUGAAUGAAAUAUAA